AUGAAGUUGUUUGGUGUGGUUUGGGGUGUUUUGCUUCUGCUUGCGGUUGUUUUGAGUCCGGCUUUGGUCGAUGGGAUCAAAAGCUUUGUCGUUGCUGAAGAUCAUCAUGGCAUUGUGACUACUCGGCCUAAUAAUUCGGGUGCACUUGGAAGAAAUGUGACCUCAUCUGAGGAUGGCUCUCAAUUGGUCAAAACUAAUAACAAUGAUGCACACAAUGGUGGUGGCGGUGGUGGUGGUGGAGGUGGAGGAGGCGGUGGUGGAAGUGGAGGUGGAAGUGGAAGAAAGGGGGGAGAUAAAGGUCAUGGAAAAGGAAAAGGAGGCGGAGGCGGAGGCGGAGGCGGUGGUGGGGGUGGCGGCGGCGGUGGUGGAAAUGGAAAGGGCGCUGGAAGGGGAAAAGGAAGUGGCGGUGGCGGAGGAGGAGGAGGAGGAGGAGGAGGAGGCGGCGGGGGUGGCGGAGGGGGCGGUGGUGGCGGUGGAGGAGGACAAGGUGGUGGCUGGGGUUGGGGAGGAGGAGGAGGUGGCAAUAAUAUUGGUGGGCAUUGUUGGAUUUGGGGAUGCGGUGGUCAUCGGAAAUCAAUGGGAUCCAAAGGCAGUCCAUAG